AAUACUAUAUAUGUGCACUCAGUGCAUCAGGACUCUAUCAAUGACAGCUUGUGGGACACUUUCAAUGGCAUCACUAGGGCUUCUUGAAAUCUUCUUCGCAAUUGUUGCCCUGGCCAUCUCUUGCUGUUUCGGAAACAAAAAAAAGAGGCUGCCGAGGAACUGGCCGCUUGUAGGAAUGCUGCCAGAUUCUAUCCGGAACCUCCACCGGCCAUAUGAAAGGAUCGCAGAGGUUAUACAGCUAAGUGGGGGCAGUUUUAUAUACAAAAGCCUCUGGUUUUUUAGCCCUAACGUCUUGAACACUGUGGAUCCAGCCAACAUACAUUACAUAAUGAGCUCAAACUUCUCAAACUUUCCAAAGGGGUCUAUGUUCUCUAGAAUAUUUGAUAUUCUUGGAGAUGGUAUUUUCAAUGCUGAUUCACACUUGUGGAAGAAUCAGAGGAAACUUGCUCACGUGUUGAUUAAUCACCAGCAGUUUCAGAGGUUCUUGGUGAAGAGUAGCUGGAAUAAGGUGGAGAAAGGGCUCAUUCCAGUCCUUGAGCAUGUGGCUAAGCAAGGCUCAGUGGUAGACUUACAAGAUGUGUUCCAAAGGUUUACAUUUGAUAUCACUUCCAUACUGGUAACUGGGUAUGACCCAGGAUGCCUCUCCAUUGAAUUCCCUCAAGUUGAAUUCUCAAAGGCAAUGGAUGAUGCUGAAGAAGCAAUAUUUUAUAGGCAUCUCUGGCCAGAAAUAUUUUUGAAGCUACAAAGGUGGCUAGGGUUUGGACAAGAGCAGAAACUGAAAGAAGCUUGGCAAACGCUGGAUCAUAUGGUAGCAGAAUAUAUAUCAAGGAAAAGGGAAAAACUCAGCAAGAAAACCACAACGAUAGAAGAUGAAGAUGGUGUUGACUUGUUAACGUCAUACAUGAGUCAUCCUGAAAUCAUGGGAUUAAAAACAGACGACAAAUUUCUAAGAGACACCAUUGUAAAUUUCUUUCUAGCAGGGAGAGACACCACUAGCUCUGCUCUUACUUGGUUUUUCUGGCUUGUUUCUCAGAAUCCUCAAGUAGAAAGCAAGAUUAGACAAGAGUUAAAAGCAACCAUGCCAGCAGAAGAAAGGGAGAAUUGGAGGCUAUUUAGCACACAAGAGCUAAGCAAUCUAGUUUAUCUCCAUGGGGCCCUGUGCGAAACGUUAAGGCUUUAUCCACCUGUCCCAUUCCAGCAUAAGGAACCUCUAAAGUCAGAUGUCCUUCCAUCGGGGCACCGUGUCGGUCCGAACAUGAUGGUGCUAUUUUCCGUGUAUGUGAUGGGAAGGAUGACAUCAAUAUGGGGACCAGAUUGCUUAGAAUUUAAGCCAGAAAGGUGGAUCUCUGACAGUGGAAAGAUCAAACAUGAACCCUCAUACAAGUUUUUAGCUUUCAAUGCUGGUCCAAGGACUUGUUUGGGGAGAGGUGUUGCUUUCACUCAAAUGAAGGCAGUAGCAGCUGCUAUAAUCCACAACUACCAAGUUCACGUGGUGGAAGGCCACCCUGUGGCUCCUAGUAGCUCCAUCAUUCUUCAUAUGAAGCAUGGCUUAAAGGUCAGUCUUUCAAGGAAAUGGAUCUGAAAUCUGAAUAGGUAGUUUUCCGUGAUUGGAGUUGUGUUUAAAUUCCUGUGGCUAUUGUGUUUAAUUAUGCGUGCCCGAUUCUGGACUUUGAUUCCAGAGUUUGUGCCUGCAAGUGUAAGCUUAUUUCUUGCUCCUCCGCAAAUAAUCGUAUCUGAAGGGCUUAUGUUAUCAA